CGUUACGUAAAAUCUGACAGUUGCUUAUUGUGCCGAUAUUCAAAAUAAAUCAAACAUUCAUACAUAGCGAAUUUUCUACUAAAUUAGAACUAUAAUUAAUAAUGCCUCUUAUUCCGGCUAGUGGGACGGGUCGGUUUUGGGCUCGAUCGGCUAAAAUAAUUAGAUUUGCUCGCCAAGGGUGUACCAACAGGCCUUUUUACCACAUUGUUGUUAUGGAGCGACGGAAAGAUCAAUAUCAACCGGUGAUUGAGCAAGUCGGCACAUUCGACCCCAUCCCAAAUGAACACAAUGAAAAAUUGGUUUCGUUUAAUUUCGAGCGCGUGCGGUUUUGGCUAGGCAACGGAGCUCAUCUUUCAACACCGGUGGCAGAACUAUUAGGUAUCGCUGGUUUACUUCCUGUUCAUCCACGUACGUACAUGACAGCGUGGAGGAAUCGUCAAGAGACAGCUAAAUUGGCUGAAAUCGAUGCCGCCAAGAAGGACCCCGAAAACAGUACGGAUUAAUUGCAUUAUUUAAAAUAAGCCUAAUAUCGUUAACAUUUGAAAAUUAGAGUCACAAUAAAAUAGACACAAGUUUCUGAACAA